AUGCAUUUCUCUACCAUCCUCGUUGCCGCUGCCCCGUUAAUCGGACUUUCUGCAGCCAGGCCUCACCAGAGCAGCCUUCCUCCUCUGCCAUCCAUCAGCAUCCCUUCUAUUCCAACCAGCCUCCUCCCCUCCGGCAUCCCGUGGCCUACAGGUUGGCCAUGGGAGAAGCGUGACGACGACGCCCAGCCUACUGGUUUCCCGACCGGAUUUCCUACUGGAACCGAUUGCCCUCACCCUCACCACAGCGGCAGGCCUACAGGCUUCCCAACCGGAUUUCCUACUGGGACCGAUUUCCCUCACCCCACUGGCAAGCCAACAGGCUUCCCUACUGGAUUUCCUACUGGGACCGAUUUCCCUCACCCCACUGGCAAGCCCACAGGCUUCCCUACCGGAACCGAUUUCCCUCACCCUACCGGCAAGCCUACAAGCUUCCCCGGUGGUGGUGACGGUAGUUACGCAUAG